AGACUUAACCCUAGCUGCCUCAUGUAUAUAUAGCUCCCGUUCGGUCCAUUUAUUUACCCAUUCCCCGCAAAUUGUUGAACUGAAAAUCGCCAGCCUCUAGUCAACCACUGAAACCCUAAACCCUUCAUCGCUAGCACCACCAUCACAGGCAACCAUGGCGGAAGUGAAAAUAUCGGAGAUGCGAGACCUAACCAGAAUAGAGCGCAUUGGCGCUCACUCCCAUAUAAGGGGCCUCGGCCUUGAUUCCGAGCUCGAGCCUCGGGCAGCUUCUGAAGGCAUGGUGGGUCAGACCUCUGCCCGUAAAGCCGCCGGUCUCAUCGUGAAGAUGGUCCGGGAAGGGACAAUCGCGGGUCGAGCUGUCCUCCUAGCCGGACAUCCAGGAACGGGCAAGACGGCCAUUGCUAUGGGCAUGGCUAAGUCGUUGGGCCAGGAAACCCCUUUCGCCAUGCUCGCUGGAAGCGAACUCUUCUCCCUCGAAAUGUCAAAGACCGAAGCUUUGAUGCAAGCGUUUAGGAAAGCAAUUGGAGUUAGAAUUAAAGAGGAGGCAGAGGUAAUUGAAGGAGAGGUUGUUGAACUUCAAAUUGAUCGUCCGGCUGUGGCUGGGGCUGCUUCUAAGACUGGGAAGCUCACACUUAAGACUACUGACAUGGAGACAGUGUAUGAUUUGGGUGUGAAGAUGAUUGAGGCUCUGGGGAAGGAUAAGAUACAGAGUGGGGAUGUUAUUGCCAUUGACAAGGCAUCUGGGAAGAUUACAAAACUCGGGAGGUCUUUUUCCAGGUCCAGAGACUAUGAUGCCAUGGGUCCACAAACCAAAUUCGUGCAGUGCCCGGAUGGAGAACUGCAAAAGAGGAAGGAGGUGGUGCAUUGUGUUACACUCCAUGAGAUUGAUGUCAUUAAUAGCAGAACACAGGGGUUUCUUGCUCUUUUCACUGGAGAUACCGGUGAGAUUCAUGCAGAAGUGAGGGAACAGAUAGAUACAAAAGUUGCAGAGUGGAGGGAAGAAGGAAAGGCAGAGAUUGUCCCUGGUGUUCUCUUUAUAGAUGAAGUCCACAUGCUCGACAUUGAAUGCUUUUCAUUCCUGAACCGUGCUUUGGAAAAUGACAGGGCACCUGUAUUGGUUGUCGCCACCAAUAGAGGGAUUACUACGAUAAGAGGCACAAACUACAGAUCUCCUCAUGGAAUUCCAAUCGAUUUCCUUGACCGCUUGCUUAUCAUCUCUACACAACCUUACACAGAAGAAGAAAUCCGCAAGAUUCUGGAUAUCAGAACCCAAGAAGAAGAUGUGGACAUGUCUGAAGAUGCAAAGGUAUUGUUAACAAAGAUUGGGGUUGAUACCUCAUUGAGGUAUGCCAUUCACCUGAUUGCUACUGCUGCACUUGCUUGUCAAAAGCGUAAGGGGAAAUCUGUGGAAAUGGAAGAUAUACGUCGAGUUUAUGAGCUGUUCUAUGAUGUGAAACGAUCAACACAAUAUCUCAUGGAAUAUCAAAGCCAAUUCAUGUUCAGUGAGGUGCCAAUGGGAAAUGCUGAGGAAGAUGAAACUACUGCAAUGGUCUUGUAACAACACUGUAUCUUAUGCAUAUACUUCCCUCGUUCAGAACGUCUCUGGUGCUAUAAGUAACAUUCAAGCCUAAUAUUAUUUGUCUUCCUGGAUCUAGAGUAGGCGGUUUUCUUCUUGAUGCGUACUCUAUUAAGAGUUUGAGCACAGCACUUAUUUUUUAAGAGUAUUACCAUAUCAGAAAUCAAUUUUGGGGUCUUAUGUCUGGGUUUAUGAAUUUAUGGCAUGUUGUACAAGUUCUUUUUUUAAAAGAAUUUUGUCCAUUUGAUA